AUGACACGAUCUAACGAACUGGUUGGAAAGUUUGGUCGUUCUGCGAACGACCCAAAGAUUCUGGGCGCAUUGGAAGAUUUGUGCAAGAUAUACUCGCUAGACGCAGAUGAGCUUUACAUCAGAUGGGAGCAGUACUCGUAUCAGAAGCAAAGGAAAUCAGACGACCUGGAUCUCGAGGCAAUUAGCAGCUUCAAGCAAGGCAUUCAGCAACAGGUGGAGAAGAAGGCGAACUCCGUUGGACAGUCGUUGUCCGCUUCUUCGUCUGCAAUCAAGAAACCUAAGAAUUUGAAGCCAAACAUGUCAAGUCCUUCAUUGUUUGGAUUCGGAAUGCCCAAGACACCGACUGUUAAGAAGAGGAGGGUAGAUAUCACGCCAACGGCCCAAAAGAACGAACAAUCUCCCGUAAUGGCUUCUGCAGGUCAGAACGAGUCCUUUUUUACCCCGUCCAUGGGGCUGGAUACAAUGAAAAGGGCCUCCUCUCCAAAAUCGACUGUUCAGUUGAAUAAUCCCGAUCCUGGAAAAACUGUUGACGUUUUGAAUUUGGCGAACAUGGAAGAAGCUUCUGGUAUCGAAACGGAGAAACCCAAUAAGAUUAAGCUUGCUCCAUAUUUUGAAGCCUCAAAAUUCAACUUUAGAACAAUGCGACAAAAUCUUCUUGAUGCUGCUGAUGUACUUGACGAGCAAAUAGAAAUUUUCUCAAACAUUAUACAACAGCAUUACGAUAUACCUGUCAAUGAUAUUGGAGACCCUUCGAUUCAGUCACGAUCUGAAAUCGUAGCGGUAGGAAGAAUUGUUGCCGAUUCACCAGUCGCAGAUGGUAUAUUGAAUACUGAGUCGCUUGCACUCGAAACGUCUAGACUUACCGGCAUUGGUCGCCGAAUUCAGCUAAAUCUCGGAAAGAUCAAAGAGCUCACACUUUUUCCUGGCCAGAUAGUCGGGCUUCGAGGGAAAAAUGCCAAUGGGGAGUAUUUCGUUGUCGAAGAAAUUCUUCAAAUUCCGCAGCUGAACUUUCCGGUAUCAACUGGUAGCGAACUGCAAGCAUUUAGUGAAAGUAUGGAUCAUAAUGCCACUAAGAUGGUGGUCACCAAAGGACCGUAUACAUCUUCAAAUUCCUUGGACUUCAGCAAUUUAGCUGAUUUUGUUAAAAGAUUGAACACAGACAUUCGUCCUCAUGCCGUUGUCAUGUUCGGUCCUUUCAUCGAUGUCACUCAUCCCUUGAUAGUUAGCGCUAAGAUAGGAGACUUUCCGAAUUUGAAGAGUCAGCCCAAAACUCUCGACGAAGUUUUCACAAAAGUGGUCGCGCCUCUGUUGAAAGAGAUAAAUCCCGAUAUACAGGUUAUACUGGUACCAUCUACGCUCGAUGCGGUAUCCAAUCACGCUGCAUACCCACAGGAUUCGUUCGACCGGAAGCAGUUGCAGCUGCCCAAAAAUUUCAAGUGCUACACCAAUCCGUCUACAUUUCAACUGAACGAAACGCUUAUAGCGUGCUCGAACGCCGAUGCCUUCAAAGAUACGAAAGAAAUUGUCAAGGGGGGGAACACGAGCUUGAAGAACAGGUUCGACAGGAUUGCUGAACAUAUUCUAGCUCAGCGUAGAUUUUAUCCAGUAUUUCCUGGUGGACUUAAGAGGCGCAAGACCCGUGGUGAUGAUGGCGUGGAAGCAUGGGAACAUGUUUCUGGUGUUGACCUUGAUGUGCCUUACAUGGGCUUGACCGAGUUCUCCGGUAAUAUCAAUCCAGACGUUGUCCUGAUGCCCAGCGAAUUGACCCAUUUUGCGCGUGUUGUACAAAAUGUUUUAUUCAUUAACCCGGGCUCAUUCAUUAGGUCGUCGGGAGUAAGAGGAACUUUUGCCCAGAUCUCCAUCGCCUCGCCAAACCUACUUGAUGGGACUCUUACCAAAGUUGAGGAUGACGUAGAUGUUUAUCUUCACAAUGUCUGGAAGCGAAGUAGGGUCGAUAUAAUUACAGCUUAG